GUUUCUUUUUCGAAAUAGAAACUUUUCUUUGAAAAUUUGAAAUGCAAAUCGGAACAGAACCCAAAAUGGGGGGCGUGGAUAAGCUCAGUUACGAGAUCUUUUCUAUUUUGGAGAGCAAUUUCCUGUUCGGGUGCGGUGAUCGGAAACAGGGGAUGGUCGCCGGUAAAGAGAAUGUUAAGCCGUUUUCCGGGAGGGAUUUCAGCUCCGGGAAGGUGCGGGUUCUUUCCAUCGAUGAUGGUGGGUCCACCGAUGGAGUCCUCGCUGCUAAGUCAUUGGCGCAUUUGGAGGCGAUUCUUCGCCGGAAAUCUGGGGAUCAUACAGCGAGUAUCGCCGACUUCUUCGACGUUGUCGCCGGCUCUGGCGGUGGUGGAGUUCUUGCCGGUUUGCUUUUCACUCGCGGGAAAACCGGUGGCCGCCCGGUGUUUACUGCUGAGGAAGCGUUGGCGUUUAUAGCCAAAAACGGCCGGAGAUUCUCACUGUCCUCGCCGACGGGAGUUCUCCGGCGGGUUUUUCGGCAGUCAAACGUGUUUAAGAAGGUUUUCGGCGGGUCAACUCUAAGAGACACAACAAAAGCGGUUUUAAUCCCCUGCUACGACCUCACUACGGGAGCCCCGUUCUUAUUUUCCCGUGCCGAUGCUCUGAAAAUGGACGGCUGCGAUUUCAGGAUGGCGGACGUGUGUGGCGCCACCGUGGCAGAUCGAGAGGUCGAGAUUAAGUCAGUCGAUGGAAAGAAGAGAAUCACAGCCGUCGGCGGGGGUGUGACGAUGAACAAUCCAACGGCAGCCGCCAUCACUCACGUCCUGAACAACAAGCACGACUUCCCGCUCUGCAAUGGAGUGGAAGAUCUGCUGGUGGUGUCAUUGGGAAAUGGCGAGUCAGAUCCCGGCACCGGAAAUAUCUUGGCUUCGCCGGCCUCAUUCGUCACGAUAGCCGGUGACGGAGCUGCCGACAUGGUGGAUCAAGCACUGUCACUAGCAUUUGGACAAGCAAAGAGCAAGACGAACUACAUACGGAUUCAAGGCCAUGGGAGCUUCGGCAAGAGGCUCCAAAGGUUACACAGUAGCCAUGACCGGAAAACAGCGGCGGCGGCGGCGGGAAGUACUGAUAUUGCAGAAGAGAUGCUGAGGCAAAAGAACGUGGAAUCUGUGCUGUUCCGAGGGAAGAAGCUGGCCGCAACAACAAAUUUGGAGAAAUUGGAAGGCGUGGCUGAUGAAUUGAUCAAGGAGCAGGAGAGGAGAAAGUCCGGCGCCGUUUACGCGGUGCCGUUUGUGAAUCAUUUUUCGCCGUCUCCCAGAAUAUCCUCCUCCGCAGCCACACUAACCCCCAUUUCAUUGAGUUAAUUUGUUAACUUAGAUGGACACAUACACAUAAAUAUUACUCCAUAUAGUGCACUAUCUUUUUUCAUAUCGGUCUUAUAUAGUAGUUAUAUGCUACGUAUAAAAAUACAAAUGUCUUACAUAUUUAUGUUCGUUCUUAUAAGGGGC